UGAUGAGAGGUUCUUUUUUACCAUCACGCGGAGUUACGAACUAUUUGCAUAUACCGCAUAAUUUUUUAAUGCUUCGAAAGAUUUUCUUUGCCAUUCAAUCGCAUAAUUACAAAUGAACAACCGGAUCAAAACAAAUUCCAAUAAAAUAAACACUAAGUUUGAGGGUUAUAAACUAAAGCCCUUUCCUAAUAAAUCGGAUAUAGUACGAACAUCUUUAGCAUCAGAUAAUAUUCAAAUUUGGAAAAGCACGACUGACCAACAAAGACUAAGUUUCCGAGAGCUUCAAGCGCGAAUUAGACAAAGUCAAUUGAUAUACGGUCAACCUCUGGAUGAAAACAGAGGAACUGCUUUUUGCAUAGAUGAGGAAUAUAACGUACACAUGAUCAUUUACGAUAAGUCAAACAAGCAAACAACCUUCAACCCUCUUCUGCAGUUAAUAAAACCAAUAAGCACAACUUUACCUAAUUUCACAGAGCCUACUGACACGACAUUUAUCGAACCACAAAUACCUUCGGCUAUUUCCAUUAACCACGAACUUUUAUUAGCAACGAAUGGAUCAGGGCAUAUCGAGUUGAUAGGCAUCACUGAGAACAAUGGUACUAUGGUGGGCGUCAUUUUGGGUCGGACAGUUUAUCCAGGCGCUGGUACAGAAGGUGUCACGCCCGUUCCAUGUGUUUUAUUAGAUGGUCGUCAAAUUACGAAUAAGAUCAUCUUUGUGCUUUACAGCCGUGCAGCUGAUACUACUCCAGUUAACACUAAUGCCGAAAGAAAAACGCUAUUUAAUAUUGUUACAAUGGAAAUUACAAUACCAACGAAAGCAACACCUCAGUUAGACGAUGGCACAUUCCAAAUUGCAACAAAAGUCUUGAACAUACAGAGGGGUACUGAGGUUCCAGUUUAUUGUGCUAUUACAGCUUCAGGUCAACAUUGCAUUUUCGGAAGCGAAGUAUGUUAUGAAAGUGUGAAAAUUAACGAUGAAGAUGCUGCUGAAAUGAACAACGAAGAUGUAGUAGGAACAACGGCAUCUACGGAAGUUGUUGAGCAAAAUCAACAGUCCAGAGCUGCCAUUACAAAGGAAGUAGAUGUCGAACAACCAUAUCAGUGGUUUCAAGAGGGUCCCGACAUUACAAUCCACUUUCAGCUACCUUCCAACACACCAAAAAAUGCUAUUGUAUGUAAAUUUCUUCCAGAUCAUCUAAGCUUAUUGAUCAAGGAUACUAGAAUAUCGUAUCCUUAUCGUAAGUUGUGGAGUACGAUUCGGCCCGAUGCCAGUGUUUGGACACUUGACCCAACUUCCAGUAUACUCACUCUUAACAUUACGAAAUACGAUGAGGUUACCCGCUGGCCGCAAUUCUUCGAUCAAGAUGAUGAUGUGCUCGAAACCUUAACACCACAUCAUUUAUCGGAUAUCAAAGAAAAAUUGGCUAAGUUUACGUCUACAACGACAGAAGAUGAAGAUAUGGCAACCACAACGACGAAACAAUCCAUAAAUCCUUCCUCUUUCAUUCAGCCAGCACAGCAUCCUGCAAGCAUGGAUAUAGAUGAGGAUAUUGAUUCCGCAGGUGAAUCUAUCACUUUUAGCAUCUACGACAAUCAAUCUCGCAUUGUAGUAGAUAGCUUACAUACAGGAGUCUACCGUUGGAUUUGUGAUUCUUUUCAAAGUAACCAAAGAUAUGCACUCCCUUCUGUUUGUUUGCAAAUGGAUGUAGAUGGAUUAGUAUUCAACAUAUAUGAAAAUGUGGAAAACCAUAAAAUUGAACUACAACAUGUGGCUACAUUUGAUGCUUUCGCUUUUGUGCGUGCUUCCAAAAGAGAUGCUCGAUUUAUAAAGCACGAUUCUAAUUUUUCUUUUAGUUGCGUUAUCGAAAGCAGCCGUAAUUGUUAUAUAUAUUAUCACCAUGAUGAUAAGCGAGUCUCUGAAGUUCAAACCUUAGUGGAUCUAACCCAAGGCCAUGACACAGAGGUUAUUGGUGCUCAACUCAUACUGGAUAGAACGCUAAUGAUUCUGACAGAGGACGAUAUUAUCGUAAUAAAUGUUUAAAAUGUGCUUUUCUUCUAAUCGGAUUGACAAAGGAGGAUGUAAAGCAAUGUUGUUUUUCAAUAAAAGCUGAGUAUUGACUAUUG